CGGAUUUUUGAUUACUUUUUUUUUGUCUACCAAUCCAAUCCAAUCCAACCACAAGCUUCCUUGACCUUCGUUGAAAAUUUUCCAAGCGGAGAUCAGUAUCCAAAAGGCUUCGUCUUGUCCCAAUUACGCUUAGCUUCCUCUCAAUUCCGUGUUUUGAUUCUUCUCCGCGAUUCUAGGGUUUUGCAGUUUCUAUUUUAGGGUUUGAUUCAUGGCUUGGGAUUAGUGUGCAAAGAGUAGACGAAGUCACGAAGGGGGGGGAUGAUGCUAGGAUCUGGUAACAGUUUGAGCAGGGGUACCGUAGGAUCCUCUUCUGAUACCCCUAAUUUAUCACAAGUCUUAACCUUGGAACCGAUCAGAUUAGGCAAUCAUCAAAGCUAUCCUCUCUCAGGAGAGCUUAGGAGGGUUCUCGGCGUUCCUAGUAGGGCUUCAUCAGAAGAUUCUUCUUUUGGAAUGUCCCAUCCUAAACCUUCUCCUCCUGUGGCAACAGAGGAGCUCAGGCAUUUCAAAGAAAGUGUACAAGUUACUUCCAGAGAGGCCGGGGAUCUAGUGAAGAAGCUAAGUGAAUCCAUAUUUAAGCUGGACAAAUAUGCGGAGACGUUCAGUUCAAAGAAACGGCGGCGGAAUGAUAUAUCCCCUGGUGAAAGGAUGGACGCAGCUAACUUGGAUAAGAUCAGAAACCAGGUUCCGAGAACACAAGACAGUAUGGCUCAGAGAUCUGAGGAGAGAAAAAAGAUGCUCGGAUUGAACAAGCGUGUUCGUACCCCAGUUGGAGAUGUGCGGGGGGAUGGUAGGGUUUCUACUCUUGCGCGGCAGCAGGUUAUAGAAAGGGGCUCUGAUUCACCUCCAAGUAUUCCUGGGGAAACAGUGCGAAUAGAGGAGAAGAUACGCAGGUUGCCUGUUGGUGGUGAAGGGUGGGAGACAAAAAUGAAAAGGAAGCGGUCAGUUGCAACUCUAGGCAAUAGAGUUAUGAAUAAUUCUGAUCAACGUGUCAUGCAGCCAAAGCCGACAGUUGACUCUAAGUUGCGUUCUUGUGACACCCAAAAUUUCAGAUUGAAAUCUUCCACCGGUGUGAGUGGAAUUAACAGGCUUGAGUCUUCAUUUGAGCCAGAGAGUCCAUGUAUGGGUGGAGUAUCCAGGAAUGAGUUGGAGACUGUUUCCAUAGCAAGGGACCGGUCAGUACUUGCUGAGCAGAGGCUUAUGGACAAGGGAAACAAUAAGAGAAACUUACAGAAUGAUAGCCCCACAAACAGCUCUACUGCAAUAUUGAAAGGAAAUGUUUCUAGGGCUCCAAGAACAGCAGUCGUUAUGGGUAUUGAUUCUUCAAUCAAAGUCGAGCCUCCAUCUGGAGUAUCACAAGGUUCAUCUGCGCAUGCAAUGGCUCAAUGGGUUGGCCAGAGACCUAAAAAUUCUCGAACGAGAAGAACAAAUGUAGUUCCGCCUGUUAUCAAGCAUGCUGAAAGCAAGCUCUCUGCUCAAGGUUUUGCUGCAUCUGAUUUUAGUCCUAGAGCAUCUCCUGGAACCACUGGCCCACUCUCAGUUGUUGAUAGUAGCCCUUUAAGAAUGAAAAGGGAGCUGAAGAAUGCUUCAUCGCCGUAUGGUUUCUCUGAAAGCGAGGACUCAGGGGCUGGAGACAACAAAACAAGAGAUCGUGCUCUUGCGAGUGGCGACUUGUUCCCAACUCCUAAAACAGGGUCACCGUUAUUUCCUGUAAGGAAAAAUAAAAUGCAAACGAGUCAUAAAGGAGGUGGUGCAUGGAAGCAAGGGAAGAGUGAAAGUGUUUCGUCAUUGACAACUCCUGGCUUUCAUCCUGUGAUGGUUAAGUCAGAGAAUCUAACACUAGAGAAGCCUCUGCACAAUGUCAAGAUUGCUUCAGAUAAGAAUCGAAGCAAAUGUGGGCGUCCACCAGCGAAAAAGGUUAAAGAUCGUAAACCUUCUACGCGGCGUGUCUCAAAUUCGAUUUCCACUCCAGAUAUUACAGGUGAAUCUGAUGAUGAUCGUGAAGAUAUUUUUGCAGCAGCUAAUUCAGCACGGAAGGCAACGAAUCUUGCUUGUUCUGGUAAGUUUUGGAAAAAGAUGGACCACAUCUUUGCUGCCAACGCAGAUGACAUGCAAAACAUAAAAGAUCAGCUGAAUUUUGCAGAAGAACUCGAUGAAUCUCUGUCAGAGGCAAUCUUAGAUGGCUAUGCCAUCAUGGGUAUCAAAUUGCCGAAAGCACCACAUCGCCCUGGUGAGGGAGUUUUUGACUAUUCAGGUCCAGCGUCGUCAUGUAUAUCUGAUCUUUCAUUUGAGAGAUUGGACAUGAGAAAGUUGAAUGAGAGUACUCCGUUGUAUAAGAGGGUACUUUCCGCCUUAAUCGAGGAAGAUGAUGGAGAAGAAGUUGUACAAUUCAACGGAGGGAAGAACCUGUCUCUUCAUUAUGCUAGUGAUGAUUCUCACUCUGGUUCAUGUACCUAUAUCGACACCGAGUUCAGAGAGAGAGACAGAAUGGAAUUUGAAGUAGAGUCGGAUUUUCAGACCCCCAAGAGCUGUUUAUUUGACAGAUUUUCCAGUGAGAGGAGUGUUGUGUCUAAUCCACUCAGAAAUGGUAGCAUGUCUAUAUCUGUCCAUAGCAAUGAACAGUGGACUGGGGAUGAUUAUAUUUCACAUGCGGAUGCUGCACUCGGCGGCGGUGAGACAUAUUUAAAUAGCCUGGGUCAGUUCCAAGCUAGGGAAGUGAACGUUCCCAACUUCUCAGUAUCUGAUACACAGUAUCAGCUUAUGUCUUUGGAUGAGCGACUUCUUCUGGAACUACAGAGCAUUGGUGUGUUCCCUGAGGCCAUGCCUGAUCUGGCUGAAGAAACUAUGAGCACAGAUGUUAUGGAGUUGAAGGAAGGCAUUUAUCAGCAGAUCCGAAACAAGAAGAAAAAGCUGGAGAAGCUAAAUAUUAGCAUUCAGAAGGGGAAAGAUGUUGAGAAAAGGAAAACUGAGCAGCUUGCUAUGGACCAGCUAGUGGAAACAGCUCACAAGAAAAGAAUGGCAUCCCGUGGAAAUAAAGCAUUGAAAGUCCACAAGGUCACAAGACAAGUGGCACUGGCGUUCAUCAAGCGGACACUUGCCAGGUGUCGCAAGUUCGAAGAAACUGGGCUUAGCUGUUUUGCUGAUCCUGCGCUUCAAGACAUAAUGUUUUCAUCUCCCAGCAACGAUGCAAAAUCAUCAGAAAACGGCGGCUCUGGAACUGCCAGUAACACGCUCAAUGAACCUUCUAAUAACCAGACCGAGGCCAAGGGCUCAGGUGCAGUGUCUAGUACAAAGAGGAGAGAAGCAUUGGUAGACGACAUUAUUGGAUGCGCUUCUUCCAAAGUGACAACGAGUAUAGAUAGCGCGGUUCUUAGUGGAGGAGGUUUUAGGAACAAGAACAAACCGAAACCCCAAGAAAAGAACAACAACAGCAAGAACAACGAAAACCAAUCAAGAUCGACAACAACAACAACUCACCCAACAGGUCCUAUAAGCAGAGGCACGUCGAACCGAGGAGGUGUCUCUGGAGAUGGUGCAGCAGCAGUAGAUGAGGAAGCUCCAAUAGAUUUCUCAAAGCUAGCGUUCCAUGAUCUAGAGGAAAUGGAUGAGCAGGCAGAUAUAGGAAACUGGUUCGAGGGUCUUCAGGAUAUUGAUACAGCAGGGCUUGAUGAAGUUCCUAUGGAUGAUCUCUCUUUCAUGUUUGGAUAAAAGGAGGAACAUACUCGACACAGAGAGAUGAAUUGAGCUGAUGCAUACCCUCAUCAUAAGUAAAAAAUUUAAUUUCUUAAGUUGUAUAUUUGUACUGAAUAGUGAUUAUCUGCCGUCAAGGCGAGUACUAAACUAUGAUCUAGUAUAAAUGUAUUUCCAUUUUUCAAAAGAAUAGUAUUUCUUUGAUUUA